AGUGCCCAAUCUCCACAUAGGAUUUAAUUGUCUUUAUCUGAGGGGCGGGCCUCGCUGUCAACUCCACUUCUUGUGAGCUGUGUUGGCAUAAAGGCAUUCAGUACAGAGGAAUGUAGACAGCUGAGAGAGAAGCACACUACACAUAGCCACACUAUGAAGGAAAUGUAAGUCCUUGGAAUUACUCAACUGGAUUUAGAAAAUAGCCUUAUCUUAAUAUUUAUGUCAAGUGAUUAUUAAGGUGUUUUGUUGGAUGCUUUUUGUUUCAACUGAAUAAGCAAUUUCAUAAUGGCACAGAAAGAGAAGCUACAAAGUCUGAAAGAUUUCCACAAGGACACACUGAAGCCUUCGCCGGGGAAGAGCCCAGGCACUCGACCGGAGGAUGAGGCAGAGGGCAAGCCCAUCCAGAGGGAGAAGUGGGCCAGCAAGUUAGACUUUAUCUUGUCCGUGGCCGGAGGCUUUGUCGGAUUAGGGAACGUGUGGCGCUUCCCGUACCUCUGCUAUAAGAAUGGUGGAGGUGCGUUUCUCAUCCCCUACACCAUCUUCCUGUUUGGUGGAGGCCUGCCGGUGUUCUUCCUGGAGGUGGCUCUGGGCCAGUAUACCUCUGAGGGAGGCAUCACCUGCUGGGAAAAACUCUGCCCCAUCUUCACGGGUAUUGGCUACGCCUCCAUUGUGAUCGUCUCUCUCCUGAACAUCUACUACAUAGUGAUUCUAGCCUGGGGACUCUACUACCUAUUUCAGUGCUUUCAGCCGGAGCUGCCAUGGGCCAAGUGCAAUCAGCCAUGGAACACAGCCCGGUGUGUGGAAGACACAUUCCGCAAGAACAAGACCCUGAUGCUUGCUGCCAACAUCACCAACUUCACCUCCCCCGUCACUGAGUUCUGGGAACGCAACGUGCUGAGCAUCUCUUCUGGGAUCGAUGACAUCGGCCCCCUAAAGUGGGACCUAGCCCUGUGUCUCCUGGCAGUAUGGAUUGUCUGCUUUUUCUGCAUCUGGAAGGGAGUCAAGUCCACUGGGAAGGUGGUGUAUAUCACAGCAACUUUCCCUUUUGUCAUGCUUAUCGUGCUGCUGGUGCGUGGAGUGACUCUGCCAGGGGCAUCCGAAGGGAUCAAAUUCUAUCUCUACCCCAACAUGACCCGCCUACAGGACCCAGAGGUGUGGAUUGACGCGGGAACCCAGAUAUUCUUCUCUUACGCCAUCUGUCUGGGGGCUAUGACGUCACUGGGGAGCUACAACAAGUACAAAUACAACUGCUACAGGGACUGUUUGCUGCUGGGAGGCCUGAACAGCGGUACCAGUUUUGUGUCUGGCUUCGCAAUAUUUUCCGUCCUGGGCUUCAUGGCACAAGAGCAAGGGGUGGACAUUGCCGAUGUGGCAGAGUCAGGUCCUGGCCUGGCCUUCAUUGCUUACCCUAAGGCUGUGUCCAUGAUGCCCAUGCCCACGUUCUGGGCCAUCCUAUUCUUCAUCAUGCUUCUGCUACUAGGCCUCGACAGUCAGUUUGUGGAAGUGGAAGGACAGAUCACCUCCCUGGUGGAUCUGUAUCCAUCCGUCCUAAGGAUUGGUUACCGCCGUGAGAUCUUUAUAGCUGUGAUGUGUUGCAUAAGCUAUCUUCUGGGACUCACCAUGGUAACAAAAGGUGGCAUGUAUGUGUUUCAGCUCUUUGAUUACUAUGCAGCCAGUGGUGUGUGCCUUUUGUGGGUUGCAUUCUUUGAAUGUAUUGCCGUUGCCUGGAUUUAUGGUGCUGAUAAUUUCUAUGAUGCAAUUGAAGACAUGAUUGGCUACCGACCUAACCCGUGGAUGAAAUGGAGCUGGACAUUUAUCACUCCCGUCCUCUGUGCGGGUUGCUUUAUCUUCUCUUUGGUGAAAUACAAGCCCCUGACCUAUAACAAGGUGUAUGAGUACCCAGACUGGUCUAUUGGCCUGGGCUGGUCUCUGGCCCUUGCCUCCAUGAUCUGCAUCCCCAUGGUAAUGGUCAUCAAGAUCCUCCAGUCCGACGGACCGCUUAUAGAGAGGAUUAAGGCAGUGGCGGCCCCAGUAAAGGGAGGUGCGAGUUCUCGCCCCAAAGAGUACAGCAUGAAGGGCAGCGAGCUUACCCAGCCUCUGAACCCCAAUGGGGACAACAUCCUGAACAAGCCCACCCACACCAUUGUAGAAACAAUGAUGUGAGCACUCUCUGUGAGAGGAACUACUGAUUGGCGUGCUGUCUACGUUAUUAUCAUUUAUAUGCUAACUUUGAUAGUGGUAGAACCAGGUUUACAUUGUUCUAUAUAUCCGCACUAGGAAUAUUCUGGUUUGGUUUCUAUGAUGAUGAUUAAGAGAGUUAUAUAUAUAUAUAUAUAUAUAUAUAUAUAUAUAUAUAUAUAUAUAUAUAUAUAUAUAUAUAUAUAUAUAUAUAUACACACAUAUAUAUAUACACACACUGUAUAUAUUGCUGUUGGGUUGUUUUUUAUCUUGGUAAUUUUUUAUCAUAUUGUUGUUGUUACCGUUUUUGUUGGCGAUGUCAGUUUGGGCAGUAUUUUGACAAAGAACAUAGUUCUAUGUUAACUACCUUUCUGUUGAUUGUGGAACAUUUUCACUCAACAGAAAUACAGUAAACUGAAUGUGUAACUAAUCGUGUAACAUGUUAGGUAGCAAACUAUUAAGAUAAUAUCCUUACAUUAUUGUGGCAGUAUCCUUGUCUGAGGUCAUUUGCAAUCUGCUGUCGACGCCAUUUGUUGUGAGAUGCAACUGAAUGAACCUUCUUUGCGCAAGCGGCGGACGCCAGCCACUCACACCUGCUGGUAGAGUAGCCAUCUGUAACACCUAGGCUGAACAAGCGUUGGGCCAUUAACCAAAAGGUUGUUGGCUCAAAUCCCUGAGCUGACUAAGUGAAAAAUCUCUCGGCGUGCCCUCAAGCAAGGCACUUAACUCUAAUUGCUCCAGUAAGGCGCUCUGGAUAAGACCUAAAUGACUCAAAUAUAAAUGUAAAAUGCUAUGUAGAUAUAGUAGUUCAUAGGUAAGUCCUUAUGGCCAAAUACUGUACAAAAUGUUCCCGGAAGGAUAAGGUGUUCCUAGGAGGGAGGUGAGGAAGUGAAGGAGAAAAGGGAUGAAGCAUUUUAAGAGUAUUUGUACAUUGCCUAAGACCAUCACAGUCAGUCCCGGUGCAUUUAUUGAAACCUCUUUUUGCACUUUGCAACGUUAAGUUUCACCGUUAUUUUAUCUGUUACGAAAAUUGUCACAAGAACCUGCAGUUACAUUUGCAACAUUCAUUUCAAAAGAAACACAUUAUAGCUUCACACCUUUGUGAUGUUGUUCAUACAGUGCCUUGCGAAAGUAUUCGGCCCCCUUGAACUUUGCGACCUUUUGCCACAUUUCAGGCUUCAAACAUAAAGAUAUAAAACUGUAAUUUUUUGUGAAGAAUCAACAACAAGUGGGACACAAUCAUGAAGUGGAAUGACAUUUAUUGGAUAUUUCAAACUUUUUUAACAAAUCAAAAACUGAAAAAUUGGGCGUGCAAAAUUAUUCAUCCCCCUUAAGUUAAUACUUUGUAGCGCCACCUUUUGCUGCGAUUACAGCUGUGGCAAAAGGUCGCAAAGUUCAAGGGGCCGAAUACUUUCGCAAGGCACUGUAUCUAUCCGUUCAAACAUGAGCAUUAUACUCUCACUCACUUGCUAUAACUAUAAAAUAAAGGUGGAACAUUGCCAUGCACCAUUCUGUCUCUCUAUGCCUAAACCUGCAAUAGUUGUGAGAACCAUCAUUUAAUUGGAGGCCAAAAAAAUUACCUUGACAAAAUGAUUUCAAGAAUGUUUUGAAAUAAUAGUUAUUUCUCCAGUGAUCUCAUUUUAAUAGCAGUAACGGUCAGUAAAUAACUGUAUCAUACAACAUUUCCAUCAGACUCAAUUGUAUUUUAGUAUUUUACUUGUUUGUGAAUCACGUAUGCCUUUUUGUAUUAACCAUUUUAUACUGUACAGCAUAUGAACACUGUCACUGAUGACCUAUUUCUUCUGAAUACAGUCAACAAUUCACAUUUAAUGUGAUGACCCUGAAUGAAAUUUGUAGUAUGCAAUAUUCAUAAAAUAAAAUGGCCUUUCCCACUCAAAUUAUUUCAGUUUGAAAACAGAUGUAAAAAUACUAAACAUGAUAUGUGACCAACAUACAUUUGAACAUCUAAAGUGAAAGUGAGAUUCCUUAACCCAAAGCACGUACAUGAGCAUCCACAGUGCUUGGUCAACCAAAUUCCUUGUCCAGAAAAAAAUGUAAUACCUGUUGGAAAAUCAAGUGUAUUUUUUUGUCUAACAUCCACCCCCCUUUGAGAUGCACCUUGCACCAUCUCUUCCUGGAUUGAAAAUAAACAGAUUUUUUCUUUA